GAAUUUUCGUGUAUUCGUUGUUUUGAUCUCGUCUAGUGCACCACGUGCUUUCUUUUUUAAAAAAGAAUAUUUGUGGGAAACCCCUAAACUUUACACAAAAUGUAUCUCAUGUAUUACUUGAACGAAGAAGGCAAACGCGUGUACACGCUGAAGAAGGUUGAUCCAGCAGGUAAUCCCACUUCCUCAGCUCAUCCAGCUCGUUUCUCGCCUGAAGACAAAUACUCCAGGGAAAGGAUAACAGUCAAACAGAGGUUCGGCAUCCUGAUGACACAAAAACCAACUCCAGUUUAUUAAGUAUAGCAUUUCGAUGCUAUCAUUAAUGUUAAGGCCUUUUACAAUAUAUAAUUCGAUAAGUUAAUAAAGUGUACAA